AAUAACAUAAAUCAGCAUGCAACAAUCCUUACCUGUUCCUCCGCCGAUCUCUUAUUAACCCCUCCUAAUUUCUCUCACCGGAAUCUCCACCAUUCCAAACACCAUUCUCAAUUUCACUCCACAUUAUAUAUAUACAACCUAUACAUACAUAUAUACGCAUCUAUAUAUCUAUAUAUAUUUAUAAAUCCUGAAUAUCGCUUCAUUUUUCAGUUAUCCUUCUUCUUCUUCUUCUUCUUCAACAAUGAAUCAAAAGUCAAUUCCUAGAUAUUUUUAUAGAAUUCGGAAUCGACGUCGAUUGGCUGGAAGCUGUAUCUGCAUCUGCGUGGUGUUUGAUGUUCAAUAGUCUAUAAAAAAAAGUGAUUAUUAUCAUUAUUGUUUGUUGAAUUUUGUGAUUAAAAAAAUGGAGAAGAAAAAGUAUCCAGUUGGAGCAGAGCAUUAUGAGUUGUAUGAGGAGGUAGGGCAAGGCGUUAGUGCUUCGGUUUUUCGAGCUAAGUGUCUUCCGAACAACGAGAUUGUUGCUAUUAAAGUUCUUGAUUUUGAACGCGCUAGCAGUGAUUUGAACAAUAUAUCGCGUGAAGCUCAGACAAUGAUACUGGUUGAUCAUCCAAAUGUCCUUAAAUCUCACUGCUCCUUUGUCAAUGACCAUAACCUAUGGGUUGUCAUGCCUUUUAUGCCUGGUGGCUCUUGCCUCCAUAUACUCAAGUCUGCCCAUCCUGAUGGUUUUGAUGAAAUUGUUAUUGCCACUAUUCUACGUGAGGUACUAAAGGCACUUGAUUAUCUUCACCAUCAUGGCCUCAUUCAUCGAGAUGUCAAGGCUGGAAACAUCCUCAUUUGUGAGCGUGGUACAAUUAAGCUGGGAGAUCUUGGUGUUUCUGCUUGCUUAUUUGAUUCUGGUGAUAGACAGCGUAUGAGGAAUACAUUUGUUGGGACACCGUGCUGGAUGGCACCUGAGGUUAUGGAACAAUUACAUGGCUAUGACUUCAAGGCUGAUAUCUGGUCAUUUGGCAUAACAGCUCUGGAGCUUGCUCAUGGGCAUGCUCCUUUUUCAAAAUAUCCCCCAAUGAAGGUUUUGCUUAUGACUUUGCAAAAUGCACCUCCUGGUCUUGACUAUGAGAGGGACAAGAAGUUUUCAAAGUCUUUUAAGCAGAUGAUUGCGAGUUGCCUGGUUAAAGAUCCUUCAAAACGUCCUUCUGCAAAAAAGCUUCUGAAGCAUCCUUUUUUCAAACAAGCUAAAUCGAACGAGUUUAUAGCACGUAAGCUAUUGGAAGGACUGCCAGCACUUGGUGACCGUCUCCAGGCAUUGAAGAAAAAGGAAGAAGAUAUGCUUGUGCAAAAGAAAAUACCGGAUGGACAAAAGGAGGAAAUGUCACAGAAUGAAUAUAAACGAGGGAUUAGUAGUUGGAACUUUGACCUUGAAGAUCUGAAAGCUCAGGCUAACUUGAUCCAGGAUGAGGAGCCUGUAUGUAACAAAGAUCAUUCAGGCAUCUCGAGCUCUCAAAAUGGGACUGGUUCAGGUGAAAGCGAACUUCCUCAUCAAUUGACGUACACUGGAGGGUCUUCAGAAACUACAGAUGUAGCAGGAUUUUCUUCAAUUUCUGACUCCACUGCAGCAUCCUCUAUAAGCAAUUGCGUGAGUUCUACCAAUGGACAUCUGAGUUUCCACAAUUCCUCUUUCCAUGUUGAAAAUUGCGACAAUAAUGAUGUUACUGGAAAGCAAAACUUGGAUAUUAGUCAAAAACCCUCGAAUGGUGUUGUUUCUGUUUCUCACCCUGGGGAGGAUUCAUCUGGAUGCAUUACAGCCAAUAAUGGCAAGUUGCAAAGCCAGAUUCCUGCAGUCUCCAGCUCUAAUGGAUCUCAAUCGGUCACGAUAGCAGAUGUGGUGACAUCUGAGUCCGUUAAAUCUUCCAAAACAUUAACUGCUGAUGAACAAGAUGAGAAAGCAAAGUGCCAUGUUAUUCAACAGAAAGGGCGUUUUAAAGUUACCUCCGAGAAUUCGGAUGCCGAUAAGGGUUCUUCAUCUCCUCGACUGCUAAAGAGUCCGAGCAUGCGGGUAAUAAUUGAGCAUCCAUUUGGUACUCAACUGACACAAGGUGAUGCUGCUUGUAUGCCACACAAUCAACCCACGCAUCAUCCUACAGGUCAUUCUGUUCAGCCAACAAAUAAUCUUCAAAGGAACGACCCUCUGAGCCUCACAAAGCAACUCUCGAUUGGUGACACUGCAGGUAGCAGCAGCUUAGGCAUGGGGUCUUUAACAGCCGACACUACUAGACAGGAAAAAUCGAAGCUAGAUGCAACUGACGAUAUAGAAAAGGAAAUACUUAAUGAAAUAACCGAUUUACAACGGAGGCUCUUAUUUAAACAGGAGGAGCUCCAAAAGCACAGAGCUGGAAAUGGCCAGGCUUGAGUGUUAUCAGACCUUCAACCAAACCAAAUCAGAAGGAAACUCUUUUCAUCCAAAGUUGCUUACCAAAUAAAGAGGUUCAAAUUGUUCAUGCACAUACACGUAGAUUUAGUGAUUAUUUGCUUGGAUUUUUGGGAAUAGCUUAUAUAUUUUUCUUUCAUUGUGUUUUGGUGCUUACCUUCUUCAUUGCCAAUACUGCUUGGAACUUUUGUAUAUGAUGUGACCCAAUUAUUCAUAGACUCAA